AUGUCAAUUUUCAUUAUCAUCAUCAUUAUAUUAUCACCAUUAUCACCAUCUUUACCAACGUCAUUACCAUCACCAACAACAGCAACACCAUCACCAACAACAGCAACACCGUCAUCAACAUCAGCAACACCAUCAUCAACAUCAGCAACACCAUCAUCAACAUCAGCAACACCAUCACCGACAACAUCAAUACCAUCAUCAACAUCAGCAACACCAUCAUCAACAUCAGCAACACCAUCACCGACAACAGCAACACCAUCACCAACAACAGCAACACCAUCAUCAACAUCAGCAACACUAUCACCAACAACAGCAACAUCCAACACUAUCACCAACAACAGCAACACCAUCACCAACAACAGCAACACCAUCACCAACAUCAGCAACACCAUCAUCAACAUCAGCAACAUCAUCACGAACAACAGCAACACCACCAUCAACAUCAGCAACACCAUCACCGACAACAGCAACACCAUCACCAACAACAGCAACACCAUCACCAACAACAGCAACACCAUCACCAACAUCAGCAACACUAUCACCAACAACAGCAACACCAUCACGAACAACAGCAACACCACCAUCAACAUCAGCAACACCAUCACCGACAACAGCAACACCAUCACCAACAACAGCAACACCAUCACCAACAACAGCAACACCAUCAUCAACAUCAGCAACAUCAUCAUCAACAUCAGCAACACUAUCACCAACAACAGCAACACCAUCACCAACAACAGCAACACCACCAUCGACAUCAGCAACACCAUCACCGACAACACGUUAAGAAUAGACUAUAAAUCGAUAUCGGAGAGUGUAUCCGAAGAUCGGAACGAUGAUAAUGACAAUAAUGAUAAUAGUAUUGAUGAUAACAAUAGUACUAAUAACAAUAAUAAUAAUAAUAACAUUGAUAAUAUUAAAGACAUUCAACAAAUGUUUCAAUAA